AGCUGGAUUGAGGAUGUGCCCUCCUACCUUGGGGCUGCAGAUGAAGUCGGAAACAGCAGUUACAAAAGUUUGAAAAGCUCCCCAUCGCUUGGAGAAAAGCAUAUCGUUUGAAUCACGAUUUGCAUUGUUUUAGGAGACCGGUUGGAGGGGCACAGCAAUGACUGUUGCGUCAGCCCCAUCACAGAGCUAUCAUGCAUUUAUGCCACACCAAGGAGGCCGAGAGGGCCAGGUAGAGGGGCAGAACCUGUAAAACCACGUGUGUGUGUGUCCCAGCUGGACGAGUACACACACACACACGUACACACACACACACACACACACAGAGCCUUUAGACACACAUACACUGGUACGUGAACGUUUGCCCUGCAGCUGCCAUGUCUCCUAAGGUACCAGGCUCUGGGCGUGGAGGGGCGGAGGAGUCUCCUGUGCAGGUGGCGGUGAGAGUGCGCCCCCUGCUGCCCAAAGAGCUGCUGCGCGGUCACAAAAGCUGCAUCAGUGCCGAUCCCGCCGCCCGCCGCAUCACCCUCGGACACAGCCGCCACUUUCUGUGUGACUUCCUGUUCCAGGAGGCCAGCGGGCAGGAGGAGGUCUACGAGGCGUGCGUCCAGCCCCUGGUGGAGGCAUUCCUGCAGGGCUUCAACGCCACCGUGUUUGCCUACGGGCAGACCAGCUCGGGCAAGACCUACACUAUCGGAGAAGCCAACAUCUCAGCAUACAGGGACGAGGAGCAGGGCAUCAUCCCCCGGGCGGUGGCCGAGAUCUUCAAGCUGCUGGACGAGAACGACCUGAACUACUUCUCGGUGCGCAUCUCCUACCUGGAGGUCUACAAGGAAGUGUUCAGGGACCUUCUGGAGGUCGAGACACCCAGCAAGGACAUCCACAUCCGCGAGGACGACAAGGGAAACAUUGUGUUAUGCGGCGUCAAGGAGAGCGAAGUGGAGUGUCUGGACGAGGUGCUGAGCCUGCUGGACAGUGGUAACACCGCGCGGCACACCGGGGCCACCCAGAUGAACCCCAAGUCCAGCCGCUCCCACACCAUCUUCACCGUCCAGCUGGAGCAGCGACGAGGGGGCCCGGGGGGGUCCGGCAGGGGGGGUCCGGCCACGGGGGUCAGGUCCAGCCCCCCCCACCACCUCCUCUCGUCCAAGUUCCACUUUGUGGACCUGGCGGGAUCGGAGCGCAUCCUGAAGACGGGCAACAGCGGCGAGCGGCUCAAGGAGAGCAUCCAGAUCAACAGUGGCCUGCUGGCACUGGGCAACGUCAUCGGGGCGCUGGGGGACCCCAAGAGGAGGGGCACGCACAUCCCCUACCGCGACUCCAAAAUCACCAGGAUCCUGAAGGACUCCCUCGGGGGGCAACGCCAAGACACUGAUGAUCAUGCCAUCAGUCCAGUAUUUCUUCAGUUCGGCGAGGCCUCAAGCUCCGCUCCUUCAUGCCCAGCCCGCCAUAAACAUCAGGGCAGACCCGCGGUCAACCAGGCCAACGAGCCAGGCCGCGUCGAGGGCUUGGAGCACCAGAUCGAGGCCGGAGUCGAGGCGUCCGGGAGUUUAGCAAAUCUGCAGAUGGAGAGCGCCCACUACAGGACGUGCACGGACUCGGCCUAUCGGCUGCUGCUGGAGUUACAGGGGGAGGCGGGACUUAGUGCUGCCCAGUUGCGAAUCAGGCAGGGGCGGAGUCGGGCGUCGGGCGGUUUAGCAGCCGCCUGCAGAUGGAGAGCCCACUACAGGGCGUGCGGACGGACCCUCGCUCGGCUGCUGCUGGAGUUACAGGGGGAGGCGGGACUUAGUGCUGCCCAGUUGCAGCGAAUCAGAGCGUGGCUCUGCUCGGUGGAGGAGGAGCGAAGUGGCCUUAGCUCCGCCUCCGGGCCCGACAGCGGCAUUGACAGCGGCUCUACCGAAGACAGCAGCGCCCGGAAGAGCAGAGGACACGCCCUCAGGAACCAGGACGUGGAGCCCGGGACAGCAUUAGAGGAGUGUUAUCAGGAGCGUGAGGAGUGUAUCGCUGCCCUGCAGGCCCAGGUGCAGCAGCUGGAGCAGGAGAACACGGACUUCCUGUCCGCACUGGAGGAUGCCAUGGAGCAGUACAAACAACAGAGUGCGAAGCUACAGGAGCAGCAGGACCUGAUUGGAGAGCUGCACGGGCUGCUGUCACUUCCUGGUGGGGUGGGGCUUUGUCAGCUGACUCAGAGACCGCACACCGCCCCUCUACAACCCACCCAACACACACCUUACAGUGCUGAGGUGGAGCAGAGGUGUGUAGACGCAGGUUUCCAGGGUGACCAGUGGGAGAGUGACCAGGAGAGCAUCAUCAGGAGAGACGUUGAGGGCAGAGAUGGAGAGGACGCCCCCUGCAGGCAGAGCAAGGAUAGGCGCAAGUGGCUGGGCCUUACCGGGGCGAAGAGGGAUGAACAAGGUCAUGGUCAUGUUCAAGGUCAGGGGUCAUCGACCGUGGGUGGAGGUCACCUAGCUCAGCUCCUGGGUUUGAGCUCCAGUUCAGGGUAUCCUGUUCUGUCCAACAGCCUGAGACGUCAAUCGAACAGCAGUCUAGGCGACAGCUCGUCGUGGGAGGCGUUCCGGGGCCUGGGGGGCGAGGUGGGGUCGGAGCGAGGGCUCCUGCAGGCGCAGCAGAAGAUCCGGGAGCUGUCAAUCACCAUCCGCAUGAAGGAGGAGCUUAUCAAGGAGCUGGUCAAAACAGGUAAGGACGCGCAGGCGAUGAACCGGCAGUACAGCCGUAAGGUGUCGGAGCUGGAGGCGGAGGCCGAGCAGGCUCGGGCGGAGCUGACCGAGGCCCAGCGGCAGCUGACGGAGCUGGAGGUGACGGGCACGCGCGACGCCGCCGACAAGAGCCGCGCACAAGAGUGCCGCCGCAAGAUCGCCGCCGCUCAGAGCAGAGUGCAGGUGCUGAAGCAGCGUCAGCAGGACACAGCCCAGCUGGCGGACCUGUCUGCGCAGAGCGCGCGGCGCGUGCAGGAGCUGGAGCGGCAGGUGCAGAGCAUGAAGCAGCACCAGGAGCAGCUGCAGAGACGCCUCAAGCAGGAGAGCCAGCAGAAGAGGCGCCUGGAGAGUGAGAUGCAGCGUGGCAAACACAGGGUUAAGGAGCUGGAGAUCAGGAACGAGCAGCAGCAGAAGAUCCUACGCAUUAAGACGGAGGAGAUCGCCGGCCUCCAGAGACAGCGACGCUCCGGCAGCAACGGCUCCGUCAUCUCCCUGGAGGAGCAACAGAAGAUUGAGGAGCAGAAACGCUGGCUGGAUGAUGAGAUGGAGCGCGUGCUGGAUCAGAGGCGGGGUCUGGAGGAGCUGGAGGAGGAGCUUAGCAGGAGGGAGGAGAUUCUGGCCAAGAAGGAGGCACUACUGGCCGAGAGGAGUGGCCUAGAGACCAAACGCCUACGCUCCAGCCAGGCUUUGAGUAAGGACCUGGUGGCGCUGUCGGGCCGGAUCGACUCACUGGAGCGGGAGCUGAGCGAGCGGAACAGCCAGCUUCGCAGCAGCUCCGCCCAGGACUCUCAGCACAUCCGCCAGGAGAUCUCCAACCUGCGCCAGGAGAAGGACACGCUCCUCAAGCAGAGGGUGGAGCUGGACGACAAGCUGAGACAGGGCAACCUGCUCUCGCCAGAGGAGGAACGCACGCUGUUCCAGCUGGACGAGGCGAUCGAGGCGCUGGACGCGGCCAUCGAGUACAAGAACGAGGCAAUCACGCAGCGGCAGCGGCAGCUGCGCGCCACCGGCAGCAUGCUCUCCCAGUGGGAGAUGAACCUGAUGGCCAAACUCACCUACCUCUCCGCCUCCGAGACCCGCGCGCUGCUCUGCAAGUACUUCGACAAGGUGGUGUCUCUGCGUGAGGAGGAGCGUCGGCUGCAGGUGGCGCUGGCGGAGCUGGAGAUGCGGGUGGAGGAGCAGCAGCAGCUGGUGGUGUGGCUGGAGGCGGCGCUGGAGAGGCAGCACCUGGAGGCCGACCGACGCCUCAUGCAGCAGCAGAAACAACACGAGAGGAGCGUUCAGUUACUACUGCAGCAGUGUAGAGAGCAAAUGGACGAGGGUCUGGCCGGGAGACAGAGGCAGUACGAGACACUCAUCCACAAUCUCAGCAAGGAGCUGAGCCACUGCAAAGCAGCCAAUCAGGAGCUGCUCAGCCACUGCAAGCCAGCCAAUCAGGAACUCAGCAUGAGGCACAGAGAGCCCUGUGGGCCAAUCGGCCAGCUUGGGGAACCACCCAGAGGCUCCAGCGGCGAGGGCAGGAGGCCCAGCAGCGUGGUGGAGGAGAGUCGGAGGAGCACGCCUGAGCCUGAUCGUCCAGCGCUGCGCGACCUCGUUCACGCCCCCCUGCCGCCUACCUGGCGCCGCUCCUCGUUGCCCACCGAGGACCCGCAUGGCAUGGAGGAGCUCCGCAUGCGCGCCUCUGGCGAGCUCCCGGCCAGUCGGCUGCUCCCGCCCAGCACCAGCCUCAACACGGGUGGGGCCACACUCUGGGGGGGUGGAGUCAAACCGCGACGGGACCUGCGCAGGUCCAGUCUCUGCACUGGAGCACAGGGUUCGGGACAGGGAAUCAUCGACGUGCGGAAAAACCCGGUUUGACACACACAUCACGGACUGUGGGUGUGUGUGUGCGUGUGUGUGUGCGUGUGAAUAAAGGACAGUUUACAGCCACUCAGACUUAAGACUGGUACUAAACAUUCUUUUCUUUUCUUUCUCAUUUUCAUUAAAAUAUGUAAUUAUUCUUUCUUUGUUCAAUUGAUCAGAUGCUUUUGUUUGCCUUUUAUACAAAUGUUUUUUUUUUUUUUUUAAGAAUCUUGGAUACAUUCUGACAUAAUUUCCUGUUUAUAACAGCACUUUGAUUCUCUCAGCAUAGGACAUUGUCAUACCUUCAUGUUGUCUCUGAAGUAAUGGUGUCAUAUCUCUCUGAAUGGCAUUGUCAUAUAGCUCCAGGAUACUGAUUGAUCAUGGACUCUAAAUUCAUCAGAUGGUUCCCAUCAUGACUCUCAAUAUAUCAGUAAGUGGAAUGCAGUAUGUUGUAAAUAAAACGUACAGUUUCUUAAGUCUA